AUGUCAUUAAAACGUAAAGCUAAAGGUCCAAAAUUACCUGAUACUCUUCAAGAAAAACUUGUUGACGUUGAUGAUGACAGGAAGUUCGAGAAACGAUUCACAAAUCGCGCACAAUCAAGAAAGGAGCAAAGAAGACAAGGACGAAUAGAUAAAAAAAAGAAAAAGACUCAACGAAUUCAAGUUGGAAUAAACGUUCAAUCGCCUGCGAAACGUCAGAAAACGAAUCAAUCGCAACCUUCUACAACAAAAAUUAUUUCUGACACUAAUAAAUUAGAAAAACUCUCUACAACAAACCCAAAUUUUUAUUCACUACUUAAAGAUUCAAAUCUUGUUUUCUCAAAUAAAAAAAUUUUACCCGAAUCUAAAAAUGUCGAUGACAAGGAACUUAAACGAUUAGAAAAAAAAUUGGGUAUAAAAUCUAGAGGAAAAUUAACAAAAGCUUUCGAAGAAGAUGGAUUAGAUGAGUUAUUGCAAGGGUUCGAAAUUGGUUCGAAAAAUUCGAAAAAGUCGAAUUCUAUAUUAGAGGAAAAUGAAGAAAUUGAUAUGUCACAUGAUGACGAUGAGGAACAAAAUGAUUUCAAUGUUUUUGAUGAAACGGAGAGUGAUGAUGAAAACUCUGAUAAUAUGGAAGAAGAGAGCGAUGUAGAAAGGGAAUCUGAAAGUAAGAUUUUUAAGAAGCAAGGGAAAAAGUGUAAUGAUAAUGACCAACAAUCAGAAGCGAACGAAGCGAAAGAUAAAUAUAUUCCUCCACAUAUGCAACGUAAAACUUUGUGUGAUUUCACAUCGGAAAGUGAUGAUGCAAAGAAAGAACAACAAAUACGGUUGCAACGACAAUUACAAGGCUUAUUAAAUAGGUUGAGCGAGUCUAAUAUUGAGAGUAUAAUCAUUAAUGUUGAGGAAUUGUAUCAAAAAUUUACCCGACACGAUGUAACUUCUUCUAUUACAUCCCUUGUCUUAAAUUUAAUUACUUCAAGGUCCACAAUAUUAGAUCAAUUUGUCAUUAUAUAUGCAACACUAGUAGCGGCCUUUUACAAGAUAAUUGGUAUCGAUUUUUGUGCCUAUUUUGUCCAAAAGGUGAUAGAAGAAUUUGAAAGAUACCAUAAACAAUAUAGUAGCACAUCUGAUGAUGUAAAAAAUCUUGAAAGAGAAGGUGGAAAAGAGUGCACAAAUUUAAUCGUUCUAAUCUCGGAACUUUAUAAUUUUCAAGUCAUAUCAUGUGUUUUGAUAUAUGAUUUAAUUAGAAUAUUUAUUACUGAUUUGAAUGAACUUAACGUUGAAUUACUAUUAAAGAUAGUCAGGAGUUCUGGAUACCAGCUUAGACAAGAUGAUCCAACUGCCUUGAAAGAGAUAAUUCAACAGGUUCAAACUGAAACCAGCAAAAAAGAUCCAAGGACGCUAGGAUCACGUUGGAAGUUUAUGAUUGAAACUAUUUUAAAUCUUAAAAAUAAUCGCGUCAAACAACAAGAUUUCAUAGCGAAUACAGAAAAUGUUCUUAGAAUGAAAAAAUUUCUUAACAAUCUGGGAAAGAGGAUUCAUGUUCAAGCGACAGAAGCGUUGAGGGUUGGUCUUGAUGAUAUUAAAUCAAUUGAAACAAAAGGUAAAUGGUGGCUUGUUGGGUCGUCAUGGACCGCUAAUAUGGUUGAUGAUCCAUCAACCUCAACUUUUACACAACGCGUCGAGAAAAUUGAUAAGUCAGCAACUGAAGCUUUAUUAAAGUUGGCUAAAGAACAAAAAAUGAAUACGGAUAUUAGAAGAAGUAUUUUUGUGGUUACAAUGAGUAGUGAGGAUUAUAUUGACGCAUUCGAAAGGCUAUUGAAAUUAAAUCUUAAAGAAGUUCAAGAGCGUGAAAUUCCUAGAGUGCUAUUACUUUGUUGCGGAAAUGAAAAAACGUAUAAUCCGUAUUACGCAUUGAUAUCACAAAAACUUUGUGAACACGAUCAUAGUUAUAAAAUUACUUUUCAAUAUUGUUUAUGGGAUUUUUUAAGAGAAUGUGGAGAAAGUGAUAUCGGUGGUAUGGAACUUGUUAAAAAUACUCCAUCAACAACUUUAGAAAACAUUCCACUAAGAAGGAUUGUGAAUUUGAGUAAAUUUUAUGCAUUAUUAUUAACUGGAGGUCAAUUAUCCAUAAUAAUACUAAAGGAUGCAUCAAAUAAUGUAUAUAAUGUUAAAAUCGUAAACUUUCGAGAAAAGGAACACAUACGAACACAUACACAAAAAUGGAUAAUCGUUCUGAAACAUUCAAGUUUUACUAUUUAUUUCUAG